GUAAAGAACGGAUGUCAUCAUGUCUGGAAUCAAGCGAACAAUUAAAGAAACUGACCCUGAUUAUGAGGAUGUAUCUGUGGCUCUUCCAAAUAAGCGGCAUAAAGCAAUUGAGAAUUCAGCUCGAGAUGCUGCUGUGCAGAAGAUAGAGACUAUUAUCAAGGAGCAAUUUGCACUUGAAAUGAAGAAUAAGGAACAUGAAAUUGAAGUCAUUGACCAGCGACUGAUUGAGGCAAGAAGGAUGAUGGAUAAACUUCGUGCCUGCAUUGUCGCAAACUACUAUGCUUCUGCAGGACUUCUAAAAGUUUCUGAGGGAUCAAAGACGUGUGAUACAAUGGUGUUUAAUCAUCCUGCUAUCAAGAAAUUUUUGGAAUCACCAUCUAGGUCAUCAUCUCCUGCCAAUCAGAGAUCAGAAACUCCAUCAGCCAAUCAUUCUGAAAGUGAUUCUUUAUCUCAACACAAUGACUUCUUGUCUGACAAAGACAAUAACAGCAAUAUGGAUAUAGAGGAAAGACUCUCAAACAACAUGGAACAGAGACCAAGUCGAAAUACUGGAAGGGACACCUCUAGUAUUACCGGCUCCCAUAAAACAGAGCAGCGGAAUGCUGAUCUUGCAGGAGAUGAGACUUCACGACUUUUUGUAAAGAAAACAAUAGUAGUGGGCAAUGUGUCCAAGUAUAUACCUCCCGAUAAGAGAGAAGAAAAUGACCAAUCAACCCACAAAUGGAUGGUGUAUGUCCGAGGGUCUCGUAGAGAACCCAGCAUUAAUCAUUUUGUCAAGAAAGUUUGGUUUUUCCUUCAUCCCAGCUAUAAACCAAAUGACCUUGUGGAAGUUAGGUAAGCAUACUUGAGUUUAAAGAAGUGCAG